GCCUGUUGAUUUAGUGGGCAUCUUCUGACCGUACGUUAUUUCUGUUGUAUCAUGGCUCUCGAAGAUUUCGCGAAUGUGGACUUGCGCUCUGGAUUUGGCAGAGCAUCAUUUGAUCAGCAAGACCUUCUCGCUUUUGGUGAUGCCUUUGGAUGUAACUUCAAAUGCCACACACAGUUGGCUUUGCCUCCGUUUGCAAAUCCUCGGGAAGGAAUGGCAGCGCUGUUGAAAGAUGAUUCUGGAAAGCAGAUCAAGAUCCACUACGACAAGGGUACGACUACGCUGGCGUUCAAGUACAAGGGUGGAGUUAUCGUGGCGGCAGACUCCCGAGCCACCGGCGGAGAAUAUAUCGGCUCACAGACGGUGAAGAAGAUUAUCGUGAUCAACAAAUACCUGCUGGGAACCAUGGCUGGCGGGGCUGCAGACUGUGUCUACUGGCAGCGUGUCCUUGCUGAGCGGUGCCGCAUAUAUGAACUCAGAAACCGAGAACGGAUCUCUGUAGCAGCAGCGUCCAAGCUACUGGCAAACAUCCUUUACAACUACAAGGGCAUGGGGCUCUCUCUGGUUAGUUGAGUGCUCUGAAUGUCU